AUGUCCUCCAUACGUUAUGUUUAUGGGCACGGUCCUCACAUCGUCGCUGACCCUGGUUCGGACGAGGGCCACGUCAGUUGCACUCACUUCGACGGGUUACCUUCAAAGGCUCAGCCUGCAAUUACCGACGACGGUGUUUGGGAGGGAGAUACUGAAGGUGCAUCGCUCUCCCCUCCCCUAUCCUCUGCGAGCGAUCCAACGUCCUCCCCUGUGCUGGGUCCUGGGCAUUACGACGAUAUCGUAGAGCUCGGCGGCGCGAUCAAGAAGUGGCACUUCGCCGACAAGAUCUUCGGAGAGCUGCUGGAAGAACCCGAUUUCCCUCGACUGUUCAACACUCUCAUCAUCCGCAACAACAUUACAGAACAGGAUUGGAAAGCUACAAGACUUUUCAUUGAAGACCAUAUGUUACUUCUACGUUACCUAUCCUUCGUGUACAACCCCGCCAUGGGCAACCUCGAGGUAUACGGGCCGUCAAGCCUCCAUCAGAUAGUCAACGAUUCGAUGACGAAUGCAGUCAACAGCGCUGUCACCGUCUCAUCGCCCCAAGCCGUUUCCAUGGACGGCACACGUGGACUCCUCAACGACAACGUUGGACACACCCUGGACACUGUGAUGACCAUCGCCACGACGAAGAGACUAUCAACGACCGAUUCGAUCCGCAUCGUUCGCGACACAUUCGUGAACGAGACGUCGUACACCCAGAUCCUCAAGAAUGUGCUGAACCAACUCCACGUCGCGAUGCGCGUGUGCCACAACAGGGGUCCGCUGCUCUUCACGGCAAUCAACCUCGAAGAACUUGAGUACAAGGAUCCAGAUAAGGACAAAUCGGAGCCCGACGAUAAAGGGUUUGUAGCUGGAUGCGGCGAGGGGAAUGACAUCUUGUCUACUGGCUGGAAGCGUGGAGGUGAGGUGCUCGUCGGUAGGCUCCAAGCGCAGUUGUUCGUCUUCAUCCCAGAGGAUCGGCAGGAACUGCGACAUUGCCUCGACAACUACUCAGUGCCUCAGGACUGGGUCCAUUGGAGGUACUGCGUGCCCAUCCAACGCAGAUAUGAGGAGGGGUCAGAGGUCGCUCAAGUGCGCGAUCACGUCGUCAACAAGUACCAAGGUGCGAUCCGAGACAUUCGCGAGGCGGCACACAAUCAGCGAUUGAGCGCGAUGCUCUCAGAGGUGAUCAAGACAAACGACAAACACCUCAUACGUCGCGCGGUGAAGGAGCUCGAAGAGACUCCCAACUUCUCCCACCCUUCCAUCCCGGACCCGAUCCCGAGCUUAGCCAAUGACAUCUGGAUCGCUGCAUACCAGAUGGCGGAGGACAAAUGGGCCAACCACGGUUACCGAAUUGACAACAACGACCCGGAUGCACCCGCAGGUGCCGAUGAGCGCGCAAUGCUCCGCGAGGUUGCCGCGAGUAUGAAACGACGUCUCGACAACACUGAGAAGGAUGGCGACGACGAAAUCAUCGCAAGCUUCCGCAAGAAGCAGCGCGUGAACACGCCGCCGCCGCAGACAAACCCCGUCCAGUUGCAGGAAGACGCGCACAGCGACGAAUCGGCGAACAGCUCCUUUGAACCGCAGAGCGGUGGCUCUGGCGACAGCUCCUUCGAGGCUCCUCUCAACCUGAUCACGGGCGAUCUGACCUUGUUAGCCACCGGCCGUGAGCUGAGGAGCGAGACUAGUGGGCGGCGGUAA